GUUUUGGCUGCAUUUAUGCGGAGGACAAGCAAGUUCACCAAACCGUUUAGGCUUUUUAUCAAGGCUCUAAAACUAUGACUUUUGGCUUUUUACAUCGGCAUUAUGAUGUCGAGCUUGGAGGUGUGAUAUUUAUACGUCCCGUGCGGUGUUGACAUAUUUUGCAAGUUCUUUUUCAAGAGCAUGUUUCUUUUCAUUUCGCUAGAAUGACGAGUACAAGGCGUAUGACUAGGAAAUUAUGGCAAAUUGUAAAUUUAAAUGAUCGAACGGUUUGUGACAAAAGGGGUCGAUGACAUGAGUCAAUGCAUAGCUACAUUAUUUACAACAAGUUAGCUUCAUUGUACGUUUGCUUUGCAAUGCUGCACAUAACGCUUCAUAAUGAGACUGAAAUCAUUAACGCUAUGCUUCAAAACAUUGAACAGCCGAAUGGUUGGAAUUUUACUAAAGGAAACAGCUUUCGCGACGAAGUCAAUAAUUUCCAAAUUUAUCGGAAUAAUGAAGAAAAAGAAGUGAAAAUAUUUGAUAUGAUUUUACCACAACGUGACGAAGAAAUUCUGCUGUGGCAAAAGGCAGGGAACUAUGUGGCGAUCCCGUACACGUUGGAGCCCUCUCUGAGCGCCGCACAGCGCCGGGCCAUCCCUGACGUCCUCCGCUCCAUCGAGGUCGGCACGUGCAUCCGCUUCACGGCCCAGCCCGGCCCCUGCGACCGUGGCGGCGCCAGCGGCGGCGGCGCGAAACUCUGCUUCCGCUCCGGUCCUGAGAGGGCAGCACACCUGGGUCGGCGGCCGGGCGGACCCCAGGCGGUGACCCUGGCGCCUGAAGAUGGGCCCUACUGGGUGCUCCACCUGGUGGGCCAUGUGCUGGGUCUGCCGCACCCACACACCUGUCUGAGACCUCAGCAAGACGCCCAGAACACUACCAGGAAAGGCUGCCGCUCACGCCAGUGUCCCUGGCGACAGUUCGACCCCGGCUCGGCGCUGCACCUGACACCUGAGGAGCUCGGCCUCUGGGCACCGCCUCACACCACGCGCCUGAGCUCGGCGUCCGCUCUGCUGGCGCUGUGGCGGACCCGGCGUGCGGCCCGACCCUCGCACUGGGACCUGCUGGCGCUGCACGAGCUGUACCGGUGCUGGGAGGGACGCCCCCGCUGCCCGCCGCGGCCCUGCCGGCACGGAGGGUUCGCGGACCUCCGCUGCCGCUGCAUCUGUCCCCCGGGGUUCAGCGGUGACGACUGCAGUGUCGGGAUCGGGCCGGCGCAGGACUGUGUGCGCUAUGUGGAGGUGGAAGAGGAUCUAAACCUGUCGCCGAUCGGACUGCCCGCACAGGGAGCUGCCGGACCGGCGGACCAGUGCGUGGUUCGAGUGAGGACUUCCUCCCAGCGGCUGCGGGUCCUGGUGAGGGUUACGGGGGAGUCCAGGAUGCCGCCAAAGCAAAGUGUAAUGCUCUUCGCCGACGCGUUGUUGUGCAGUGUUAAGAUGUAUGUGUUUUACAACGGAAGCCAAGAGAGGAUCUUCUGCAUCCUGGAUUAUCUGGCAGAGCCGCUGUUAUUGAACGUUGCAGGAACGUUUGCUGAUGUAGUGUUUCAUGCGAACCCGUCACAACUGAACAUACACCAGACAUGGAAGCAAGCGAGAGUCGUGGUGCGUUCGGCUGAUACGUUGUCCAAAAACCUGUCAGAAAACGUAACGUCGACACCCACCACAACCUUGCCAACUGUCACCUCUUCAUUGGGACCACAGCAUUAUGGAAAAGGUCAGAUGCGAUCGGCAGUUGGCGCCGUUCCCUCAAUGAACCUGCUCAUUUUGCCGCCGAUUUUAUUUGCUUUGAUGGGCUUCAACUUCUUGGUCGUGUUCGUCAUCAAGAAGUACUGGGAGUACCGCUACGGCACCGCGGGUAUUUACCGGGGCACCGAGCGAGCCGACUGGAUGGACCAGGAUGAGGAGGAGCCCGAGGACUACCAGAUCAAGGUGGAGUACUCCAACAGCUUCGACGCCAUCAAGCCCGGCUGGGAGGGCAUGACGAGGGAGACCUCGGUACCGCAGGCCGAGAUGACCGACCUGGAGCUGUUCCGCACCAUGUACGGCGUGCCGGCACGACCUCAGCCUGACGAUACCGAACAGGAGCCGACGCCGCCGGCCCGCGCACAGGUACCGGCAGAGGGGGAGGGUCCCACUGAGAGAGACAGGGCGGGGUCACCGACACCGGGCAAACAGGAGAGUCUCACCGUACCCGCUGAGGCGAGUACCGGUGUAUCGGGAAAGAAGAGCCUCACCAAUACUGGUAAACCAGACAUCAGCAAAUCCAAUGACAAGAGACCUGCAAGUGUCGAUAAAGUGAAAACUGCUUCAUCCGUCCAUGCUAACCUCGGGCAGACUACCGACAUAGAGGCGUCCCACUCGCUGGAGGGAAAAAUGAGCGACGGCUACCUGAAACCAUUGGACCCACUCUCAAAAACAAGGAAGCGAGUCAGUUUUAGCGACGACAUCGGCGAGCCGCUGUCAGUUCACGCAGAUCUUCCAACUGAGAAGAAAGGAGAAAAACCUCAAACAUCCACAGCCUCAAAGAAGCCAUCUGAACCGAAAGUGGCGACGGACGUGUGUAUCGCUGUCCCAUUCAGCGGAGACGCCCAGCCACAGUCGACGACGGCUAACGAUUCUGACAGCGACGACGACUCGGACGAGUCUUCCUGCUGCGAUACCUCGUCGUCAAGUUCCUACCAUGAGGAUGACGACGACCUCAAGAAACCAGAGCCUGGACUUCUGCAAGGAUUGACGCGAUGUUUUCAAAGGAAAACAAACAACGAUUCGAGCGAAAUACAAUGACACAGCAA